AUGGCAAGCUUUAGACAUAGAAGAAGAGAACACAAAUCUCCCCGUCACCAUGAGAAGAAAUACUACGUGACUAAACCUUCCACCAAGAGAAGAAGAUCCUAUAGAAACUACUAUCAGCAACAACCUUCCAACUUGGUUUACGUUGAAGAACCAGAAAGUGAGUCCGAAACUAGCUACUCAGAAGAGAGCCAAAGUGGAACAGAAUCAGAUGUUGAAAGCAGCAGCUCUGACUCUAGCGACUCCAGCUCUGACUCUGACUCGGAUUCUUCGUCUUCAGACUCCAGCUCUAGUUCCGACUCAGAUUCUGAUGCUCCUAUUAUGUUUUACGAUGACCUUGCAACCUCAUCCUCCAGUUCAAGCGAAUCGCUGUCGGAGAGCGACUCUUCUGACUCGGAAAGCUCUAUCAUCAUACUUGGAAACCAGAGCGAGGCAUCCAGUUCAGAGAGUUCUGAAAGCUCCGACUCUGACUCCACGUCUGAUGAGGAGGUUUAUGAAUUCGACUUGGAUUCCGACAUCGAGGAUCAAAUCAUUGACAUGAAUGACGAGUUGGAAGCUGAUGCUGUGGACAGCCUUGACUAUUCUGACGUUUAUGACUUGAAUGAUGAGCUUGUCAGAUAUUACGAUUCUGACUCUGAGCCUGAGGACAUACUCGACAUAGUCGACUUGAAUGAUCAGUUGCAAGCCAGAGCCAUGAGACAAAUUGCUUUGGGUGAUGACGAUUCUGACGACUCCUCCGUUACUGACUUAGACAUCGAAUAUUCUUCUGAUGAAGGUCAGUUGAACGACCAAUUGCAACUCGAAAAAGUGAGACAAGAUUAUGUCGAUAUGAUCGCUAGUGAUGAUGAGAUAUCCGUAUCACAGUCUGAGUCUGACAUUGAUUACUUAGUCCUCGACUCCGAUAUCGAGAUGGAAUCAGAGGACUCUGAUGAGGAGGCGCUCGCAUUGUCAGACCUUAGCGAUUCCUCCAGUGACGACGAAGAAGGCAUCACACUUUACAGACACCGCUUCGACUUGCCUGAACAUGAUUCAAGCGAGGAAUACUCUACUGACGAUGAAUUGAUUUACGACACUGAAGACGAAUACUUGCUUGCAAAUGAUUCAGACGAUGACAUCGAGGUCAUUGACUUGACGGAAGACUUACAAAACUCGAAGGACUGUGAGUUGGUUGAGCUCGAUGACAAAACUUACAAGUUGAACUUGAGGUUCCCAGCAUUGAUUCGCGAAGAAUUGAAAAUCCAAUUCUUGAAAAACCAAAACGAGUUGGUUGUCAGUGGAAAAUUUGACAUCCACGAUUCUGAUUUGGAAGAUUCGGAUGUAGAAGUCGUUGAAGAGGAUGAAGAAGCUGCCGAAGAAUCUGACUCGUCGGUUUCUUCCAGUGCAUCUCAGGAUAGUGCCGCUAGUGGAUCCUCGUCUUCAUCUUCAUCUUCUUCUUCUUCUUCUUCUUCUUCAUCAUCAUCAUCCUCUUCCUCUUCUUCAUCUUCGAGCUCCUCUGACUCUUCUUCAUCUGAUUCAGAGUCCGAAGCCGAAGCUGAAGCUGAAGAUUCGAGCUCUGACCUCGAGUCCGAAGUUCAAGAGGAUGCUGUUCGUCUCAUCAAGGAUUUCGCCAAUCAAGAAAUCAAUUUUGAGAAGCACUUCCAGUUUGAGAAGAUUAUAAAGUUUGAUGAAAUAAAAGCCAAAUUCAUAGAGGAUGGCGGAUUAGAGUUGAUUAUCCCAAACGAAGGUGAAAAAAUUGACCUGAAUUCUAAUGUGGUAGACAUCGCUAUCGACUCUGAGAGUUCGGCAGAGAAAAGCGACAAUGAAAACUAA